UUUCGGUCAUCGUAUAUCGUCCCGCCUGCAGACGAACCGAAAUAAAUCGAACGACGCCGAGCCGAUCAGCAGUACGGUGAUCGCUGGAUGCGACUGUUUCGCGUUAGUGAUGAUCAAAACGAGUUGUCGUCGUCGUUGUUUGUGGCAUUUUGCGAAGACGAAGAAGCCGUGAUCCGUGAUCGAGAGCUCGAGACGGAGAAGAGACCGAGGACACGCAUCGUCGCUCGUUGCCGCGGCCACGGAUGCAUAUGGAGGCAGUACUUGGACCGAUUCGGGGAUCAAGGGGGAUAUUUCGACGUCGUGGUACGUCCGAUGUUGCAACAGGGACACGAAGGAGAAUUAUGCGGAUGGCUGAAGGAAAUGAGUUUGAUCAGAACCGUCUCCACCUGCCCGUACCCGGAAUGCAAGGGAAGGAGCCUGGCUUGGAAUCAAGCGAGAAUCGUAGACAAAUACAGCUGGUCUUGUCCAAAUUGUUCGAGGAAACAGUCGAUCAGGGAGAAUUCCUUUUUCAUCGGAGUUAAAUGUGACCUGAAAACGUGCCUUCAACUGAUACUAGGAUGGUGUAAAAUGAUACCCAGCGAACUUACUGCCAAUUACUUAGACAUAAAGAAACACGUAGUGAAUAAAAUAUACGAGAGGUGCGACGAGGUCUCGGAGAGCUAUGUAUCGAGCCAUCCGGAGGACUGGGUUCUAGGAGGUAAAAGUGCAAUAUUGAUCGUCGACGAGUUUCCUAACGGAUACAUGACUAAGAAUCCUUCUGACACGAGUAACGCUAAGAAGCGCAACAAUAACUCCAACACGAUAGUCUGCAUAGCCGAAGCGAACACGAUGCCGACUAGAAUGUGGCUUCACAUGAUCGAAGCAUUCCCAGAGCCGUUGAAAAUAGAGAAAUCAUCGUCGCAGGGAGACGUCGAUAAAAGUAGCGUGGUCGAAGAAGCAUUGAAAGAGAUCGUGAGGCACAGUGCUCCUGGUAGUUACAUCGUGGCAAAUAGCCGAGCUCGCUGUUGCAGCUUUGAGUUGUUGCGAGAACUGAAGCAGUACACGGUGGUCAGUGUCGAGCAAUUGCAGAAGUUUGAUCCACCAGGGAGGAGUAAACUGCUGAAUAAUCUAGAAACGAUUUGGCAAGCGGGCGUCGAGAUCUGUGACGAGAUUCAAGAAGCUACUCAAAACCUGGGACAGCGGAUAAUAUCGAAACACUUGUGGAGGCAGAGAUUCGGUACGUCACCAUCCACAGCAUUUCAAUACAUGCUUAAUCACAUCGCAGAACGUUACCGCUUCGUCUAAACUCCCGUCCCGUGGGUAUUUCUCUUUUGUUCGUUUCUUUUGCUAAUUUUAACGACGAAUCUGUCGUCUUAAGGAGCAAUAAUACCGAAUGCCAGCGAGCAAUCGUCCUCUUCGGCGAAAGUAAUUAUUUUGUGAACGAAUAACGCUCUGGAACGAAUUAACGUCGAUUCGAAGCCGAAUCGAAUAUUGUACGAGUCGCACUAAUGGCCUUACUAAAAUUAGAGAAGCCUUACAAUGUAUAUUGUAUGUACAUACGUACCUAUAGAACGUAUCUCCGUGAAACGAUACAAGGAUUUAAUGCGUUUCACCGAAACACGCACUUCGUGUCUUCCAAACGUCGAAAUAUUAAACUUAUCAUUUUUAAACUCAAAUGUUUACGAUGAUCGUUGAUUAGUUAGCGUUGAAGCAUCGCGUAGGAUAUAAAAUAUCUCUCGAACACCGUUGAAGCGUACUCGAUACGUACUGUGCAACUUUUCUAUGAAUGUCGUUUUCGUCGAAUCAGACGAUCGAAAGACUGACGGCGCUACCAUUUUUUCAUUAUACUCAAAAGUUGAUGACAGUAUCUUGCCCCGUUUGGACAUCAAGUUAUCGUUAUGCAUCACCUCGUGGUCAGACCGAUUCUGUGAUACAGAACCGUUAGUUUUACUCGUUCCUUGGGUCGUGUGAACCAGGAGGGGACAGACAGAUAUCCUGGUCGUAUAAAAUUUGAUAAAACGGUUUUCGCGAACACAAUGUGAUAAUUAUGUUACUUCGCGUGGUAAAACAAAUGAUAUAUUAGAGUUGAGCAGAUGACACGAAUCACUAACGAUAAGUUAAAUGAGUCGAUCGAAUUUAACGCGGUUAAGACCUUUUUAUUCUUAUGUAGUUCGUAGUAUCUUAUUUUAUAAUUUAUAAACUUACACAAUGAUAUUAAGGAAUACGAGCGUUUGUGACAGAGUGUGUGUGACUGAAACGAAAGGAGAAUUCAAUAUUUUUGUAACGAUUCAUCGAUCAUACAGCAAUAUUGUUAUAAUUAUACGUGUUUUGUACCAGAUUGUAAUAAAAAGUUUCGACGCAUUA